AUGUCGUUGCGUCUUUCAUCGCUUUCCAAUUUCAAAAGGCCUCUGUACUUGUGGAACCUAAUGAUUCGAGAUUCCAUCAAUGAUGGGCUAUUCUUAGAAACACUAAAGAUAUACUCUUCCAUGGCUCGCUCUGGGGUUCUUGGUAAUAGCUUCACUUAUCCUCUGGUCCUCAAGGCCUGUGGAAAGAUUGCUUCUAUUCGAGAUGGAUCGAAGAUUCAUAGUCGUAUACUGAGACUCGGCUACGGAGAAGACACUUUUGUUGAAACCGCUCUCAUUGAUAUGUACCCUAGAUGCUCUCAAAUUGCUUAUUCACGCCUCGUGUUCGAUGAAAUGCCUGUGAGAAGCGUCAUCUCUUGGAAUGCAAUGAUCUCUGCUUAUUGUCGUGGUCCUUGGAUGGCCGAAGCAUUGAUUCUGUUGAAAGAAAUGUGGGUUUGUGGUUUCGACCCAAAUUCUUCCACAUUUGUUUCCAUCUUGUCAGGUUAUUCCAAUCUAGCUACAUCCAACAAGUAUAUUGUUCUGGGUCUAUCAAUACACUGUUGCUUGAUCAAACAUGGGCUAGAAUUUUCUGAGACUCCAUUAACCAAUUCGUUGAUGACUUCUGGAUGUAUACAAGGAGGAAAUCUCCGGUUAGCUUCAUCUGUUCACUCUCUUGUACUCAAAAGUGGAUAUGAUGAGGAGGAAUCCAUGGAAAAUGCACUUGUAAGUAUGUAUGCAAAAUGCGGAGACCUUGCAUCUGCUAGAAGGUUAUUUGAUCUGGUCAAUGAAAAAAGCACUUUAUUAUGGACAACUAUGAUUGCGGGUUAUGCUUCUUCAGGCCAUCCUGUGGAAUCAUUGGAACUAUUUAGAAAGCUACUUAGAGAAGAUAUUAGACCGAAUGAAGUGACCCUUGCAACAGUUCUUUCAGCUUGUGCCGAUUUGGGAUCUAUGAGCAUGGGACAAGAGAUCGAAGAAUACAUUUUGCUGCAUGGGUUCGAUAUUGAUAAGAGAAUCCAAGCAUCUCUUAUACACAUGUACUCAAAAUGUGGACUUAUCAGAAAAGCAAGAGACGCAUUUGAGAGAGUAAAUGAUAAAGAUUUAGUAGUCUGGGCUUCCAUGAUAAACGGUUAUGCCAUUCAUGGGAUGGGGAGAAAGGCUAUAAGCCUUUUCCAUAAAAUGCUAAGGGAAGAAGGUUUAAUGCCUGAUGCAAUUGUUUACACCAGCAUUUUACAUGCCUGCAGCCAUUCAGGAUUGGUUGAAGAUGGACUGAACUAUUUUAAGAACAUGCAAGAGGAAUUUGGAAUAGAUCCUACCGUAGAACAUUAUACUUGCCUGGUUGAUCUUCUUGGUCGAGUUGGUCGGCUUGAUUUAGCUUUAGAUAUCAUAACAGGGAUGCCACGUGAAGUAAAACAACAAGCUUGGACCUCAUUUCUUAAUGCCUGCAGGAUUCAUGGCAACAUUGAACUGGGAGAGCUUGCAGCUACUAAAUUGUUGGAACUAGGUCUAGGAAGAUCUGGAAAUUAUGUGUUAAUGGCUAAUUUGUAUGCAUCUUUGGGCAAAUGGAAGGAGGGACACAUGAUGAGAAAAUUGAUAACUAGUGAAGGAUUGGUUAAAGAAUGCGGUUGGAGCCAAGUUGAGAUCAAUGGUAGAUUUCAUAUGUUUUCUGCGGGAAAUCAUUCUUGCCUCCAGUUAGCAAAUAUCUACAGGACACUUGAAGAGCUAAAUGCUUCUCUUUUAGAAGCUAAUUAUACAGCAGAAGCAAUGACUAUAAAUAGUGAGAUGUAA